AUGCCAAUCAGAGAAGUAAAUGUGAACAGGCAAACUAUUUCCAUUAAAGGCCGUAUCGUUCAAAAAAGUUCACUUCAGACAUUAAGAAGUGGGCUAAAAUUUUUUCACUUAGACAUAAUAGAUAAAGAUAAUGAUGUUAUUAGAAUUAAGUUUUGGCGUCAAAAAGCAGAAGAAUAUUAUAAUAUAUUACAUCACGGUUCAGUAUACAUUUUAAAAUGCACAGGAAACGAUGUUGUUGUAUCUAAUACGAAGUUUAAUGAUACUUCAAAUCCCUACGAAAUAAACUUUUCUGACAGGUGUCUUAUUAAAAAAGCUGAGAAUGAUGAUGAUUCAAUAGGCAAGGCACCCAAAUAUAUUUUUUCGACUAUUAAGGAUAUUAAAGAAAUGCCAGUUCCCUCGAUAGUUGACUUGAUUGGAAUAGUCAGACAAUUCAGCCCUUGCACAAAAGUGAUUUCAAGAAAGAACAAUGAUGAAGUUUCCAGAAGAACUAUUUCAAUAGUAGAUAAAACAUGCUUUCAGAUAAAUAUUACAUUAUGGGGAGAGUUAGCGGAAGUUAGGGAUGAGAAGUUAUCUGGAAAUCCAGUAGUUGCAUUGAAGAGUAUACAAAUACGGGACUAUCAGGGCCGACAGGGAUCGACAUUAAACGGAAGAAGCAAUAUGGAAUUUUCAAUUGAUGAUGAAAAAAUGGAAGAGUUGAGGGGCUGGUUUAAUGAUAUAGGAAAUACUGUAAAGUUUGAAUCAAUAAGCAAUUUGUCUUUGAGUGAAUCACCUAAUAGUAUUGGAGUUAACGAGAAAAUAUACCCAGUAAAGACUCUUAAAGAUAUAAGGAACCAAAUGGAAGAUAAUGAGUUUUCAUCAGUCCAAUCAUUUCAGGUUAUUGCAAGGAUUUCAAAAAUUGGUUCGAUAAACGUAAACCAACAAGUUCCCGGAGAUAGAGGUGGCUCAUUGACAUAUGAUGCAUGCCCAAUAUGCAAAAAAAAAGUUCUUUUUUCUACUUCAUAUUGUGAGAAAUGCGACGAAUCUGUAAUCCCUGAAACUAAGUUCCUUUUCCCUGUUACUAUUGAAGACCACACAUGCUCUCUGACCGUUCAAUGUUUUCAUGAAAUUGGUUCGAUUUUUAUUAAAGAAUUGAAUGCUUCGAACUGCAAAGAGAUGGAACAAAAUAACGACAAGAAGUUAAACUUUAUUCUUAAUCUCCAAUGCAUGUGGAGACAUUACAAUCUCAAGAUCCAAUUGAAGGCUGAAGAAUACAACAACCAAAAGAAAACUAGGGCAAUAAUACAGUCAGCUGAACCAAUUAAUUUAGAUCAAAUUUCUUCUAAAAUGCUAGAAUCAAUUAAUCAAUCAUUACUAGGUAAAGCUAACAAACGUUCUUUAUAUGAUGAGAACGUUAACAUAAACAAAAGAAUUUCAGUCGGGUAA